GUCGUUUUGAGAAAUCGUGCUAGGGUUUCUAUCAAUUUUCUCUGUUCUAACAAUUCCCGCCAGUACCGUGAUAUAACGCCGGCAACAAUCAAUCGUUUCCUUUUGGUAAUUCACGAAAUCGUAACCCUUUACUGCACUUGAAAUAAUGGCUCAGAAGCAGAAAAACAGAAUCCCAGGUUCCAUCGAAACCCAAUAUGAGGAGAGUGAGAAGGACGAGUCAUCUUCUUCUUCCAGCUCCUCAGAAGAUGAGGAGGAGGAGGAGAUAGAGAAGAAGCUGGCUGAUGUAACGUUUGAGGAGUUGCAGAAAGCACGUUCAAAUGGGGCACAUGCAUUUUUGCAGAAACCAAGGGAAGACAAAAAGUUAAAAAGGGCCAACAAGAAUAGGCCAAUGGAAGCUAGUAGCAGGAAGCCAGUUCCUGCUUUGAGAGAGGUCAUCCAAGCUCCUAAAAAGGUUGUACGCGAUCCACGAUUUGAAUCUCUUUGUGGGAGCUUUGACUCUGACGGGUUUAGGAAGAGAUAUAAUUUUUUAUUUGAAAGUAAUCUUCCUGCUGAAAAAGAGGCUCUUAAGAAGGAAUUGAGAAGACAUAAAGAUCCAAAUAGCAUAAAUGAAAUAGAAGAACGUAUAUCAUGGAUUGAUAAACAGUUGAAGUCUGGUUCAGCGAAACAAAUUGAUGCAGAGAUACUGGCUAAGCACAAGAAGAAAGAGAGAGAAGCAGCAAAGCAGGGGAAACGUCCUUUUUAUCUCAAGAAAUCUGAAAUCCGGAAGCAAAGGCUUAUUGAAAAAUAUAACGACCUCAAGUCGUCUGGCAAACUUGAAGCAUUUGUCGAGAAAAGGAGGAGGAGGAAUGCUGCAAAGGACCAUAGAUAUAUGCCAUAUCGUAGAUCUAAUGACAAUAUGGAAUAGGAUUGCUAGCUUUAAGGUUCUUUUAUAGGCUAAUUAUACAGAUCUGUAGCACCAAAAACAAAAUAAAAUACUGGUGUAUGCAUUUUGUCUAUCAUCUUUGGGGAUUAAAGAUAAUUCCUUGUUG